AUGUACAUGCGUAGGAUCAAAGAGGUAGCUAUGACGAGAUGCAGUGGUAAGAUGCAACCAGGGUGGUUGAAUUGGCUUACCUUUGUGCAGCCGGUACAUACAGACACGACGACAUCUGCCGACAUGGCCACACUGCAAGCCACCGAUAGACGUGGUGUAGCGAGGUGGGAGGAGCUAGGUGCUGGCGUUGGGCGCCGGGAAUCUUUUGUACCAUGGCUCGGAUCAUACUUAAUCAUGGCGAGGUACAAGGCAGUAUACAAGAGCAGUACAUGCCUGUUGCGCGCCGGGGCAGUGGGAUGUAUGGGAUCGACGGCGGAAAUUUCUCCUGGCUGGUGCGACCACCGAUCGAGUCGUGACAGCGUUGUGGGACUGGCACGCGAAUUGCUACAGGGCUACAGGGCUCAGGGAACACCGGAUCGGACGAGGUCUCGGUUUGUGCAGCCCAAAGGGUGGCCCACGACGCUGCUGGAUUGGGCGCCAGUCCAAGACACCCAAGGAGAUCACCAGGGUGCUAAUGGAUUACCGAGGAUGCUAACACACAUGGACUAUGACCAUAUGUACGCCUGCCAGUGGGGAGAGUUUGCGCAGGCCCCGGGACAAAGCAUGUUUGGUCUGGCUGUGGACGAGCGAGCGUGGACAAGGGACUACAAUAAGUAUAUGGUAACCUGCCGUGGUGACAUGUCUGUGUGUAGACCGAAUCAAGACGUGCGUGAAACGCUGGCAGAGACGAGUUUGUAA